GCUGGACUGGACGAUUGACUAUCAAUCACCAAACAAAGAAUAGUUCACAAGGCUAUCUGAUCCAAUUUUAUCCUUUCUUUUACGCAAAUGAACCAAAUGAACCAUUUAAAAGAAACGUGUUAAUUGAAUGUUUAACAAAUAAAAAUUGUCGUUGUACCAUGAUCUAG